AUGGCAGAUCCGAAGAAUGACACUAUAAUGUUCGAAUAUGGUGAGGGAUCCCCAGGUAAGCAGCACCACCAUGACCUGACCGGAUCCUUGCUGACCACAACCAACAGUCCCGGUGACUAUCCAAUUUACUCGGCACCAAGGCCGGACUUCCUCAGCGUCUUCAAUCGGGUCGCCCCUUUCGUAGAUGGCUUGCGCGAAUCCGGUAUUCUUGACAGAUACGAUUACGCUCGACUCCGCAUGACUUGCAAGACCACCGCCCAGGAGUUGAAGCCAUACCCCUAUGACCGUACCGAGGCAGAUACUAAAGAUCCCUAUUUCGCAGGUGUGCAGGCCAUCCCAUGCGACGAUUGCGGUAUCCCUUCUGACAGGUUGGUCGUCAAACCCUGCCAUGGCUUAGGGACCUGGAAGAGCGAAGGCGGCUUCUCUGGCUGUGGCAAGCUCGUUUGUACCUAUUGUGUCAUGUUCGCGCAGGGCAGCCGGUGGGCCGAGGGAGCCUAUGAACUCCAUUACUGCCGGCCUUGCGGCUGGCGUUUCCAUCGAGACCACCCAGGAGCCCGAACUGGGGAGCCAUGCCGAUGUGACUUCAAGCACGGCGGCGACGUCGUUGACCAACCCGAUUCCCAAUGGCAGUGCGAGAGUUGCAGGAGAACGCUGCAUGAAACGCUCUCCACCGCUGCCCGCGACAAUUUGAUGGCCCUGGAAGCGGAACGACUGGUCUUCGUUCGCGACCAUAGCCAACACCCGUUCGCUGGAGGCUCAAGAAGAUGGAUUAACGACGCGCGCAGAAACAGGAAUUUCUGCCCAGGCUGCGGUGUCGACUAUCUCGGUUUGAUUCGCACCUGGGAGGACAGUGACUGGGACGGAAUUCGGUACCCUCACGACAUGGUUCGGCAGUGCAUGGCAUGCUUGGAACCGAAGUGGAAUGGAGAUUGA